AUGGGGGGCUUAACAUUCGAAGGCGCAUUGAAAAACAUCAGUCACAUCCAGCUUGAAUUUAUCAAGGAGGUCCUCGAGAAAAGGGGGUACAAUGACAGAGUGGUUCAUGUAGAGGCGGUCGGGGCGGCCGGAGACAACUUCAUCGCCAACGUCAAAAGGAUAACAGUCGAUGGCGAGAAUGGCCCCUUCAAAAUGAUCGCUAAAAUCGCCCCUCAAAAUGAAAACGUUAGGAUGGCCACACAAACACAGGUCUUAUUUGGCAACGAACACCACAUGUACACUGUCGUUUUGCCGAAAUAUCAGCAGCUAGAAGAAGAAGCAGAGAUUCCUAAUGACGACAGAUUCAGAUUUGCCGAAUGCUAUGGCUCAAGCACUCAAGUCCCGCAUGAAGUGAUAUUACUAGAAGAUCUACAGGUGCCGGGUUUUAAGAUGCUGGACAGGUUCACGUCUCUGUCUGACGAAUGCAUUCGGUCCACGCUCAAAAACUUCGCAAAGUUCCACGCUCUAUCGUUCACGCUUAAAAAUAAACAGCCAGAAACCUUUAAUUCGCUGAAGAGUAAAUUAUUCGAUAUGUGGAGUCACAUGGAUAGCUCAGCUGAUAUAUACUUCGGAAAACUAGAAGCUGGUGCUGAGCAGCUCGUGGAUGGCGAAGAAAGGAAGAAUAUAAUCAGGGGUGCCAUUGGAAAGGCGCUUUCUAUGGCACGAAAAAUUGCUCAAGUUGAAUCAGGGUCAAAAUAUUUCGUCAUUCAACAAGGAGACUCGUGGACUAACAACAUAAUGUUCAGAUAUGAUGGUGAAAACCUCGUCGAAUCAGUAUUGAUCGACUAUCAAAUCUCCAAAGAAACGAGUCCCGUCUGCGACAUCCAAUACAUGAUCUUCAAUUGCACCGACCACAAAACCAGACUCAAAUAUUUUAACGAAUGGCUCGACUAUUAUCACGCAGAAUUAGAAAAACGCCUAACGAAUUUCGGACUUAAAAUCGUAAAUGUAUACCCCAGGGAACAAUUUGACGUCGACAUGAAGAAAUAUAGUGGAAUGAUGUUGGGACUCUCUACUAUUCUCGCAAGCGUACUAACCAUGAAUUCAGAGGACGCUGGGAAAAUGAAGGAAACGAUGGAAUCGACAUCACCAGAUGAACUACCAGCAAACAACGAAGUAGAAGAUUACAAUGUUGAGCACACGAUAAAAUUUAAAACUAGACUCGAAGGUCUUAUAGAUAGUUAUCUUGAAUUCAAUUUAAUUUAG